AUGGAUCCAGUUCCGUGGUUUGAUAAUUUCCUAUGGAACCAUGAUUUACCUAUGAUCAUGGGCUGUGAAUGGAGCAAGAUUUCUAAGAAUGGCGAAAGAAUCCGUAAAACUCAAAUUAUUUCAAAAGCUGCUCUACAAAGCAUGCUUAACCAAGCUACCAAGGAUAGCUCAACUGCUGCGUCAGCUCGUAUUGGAGUCGGAGAACAUUUAACCAAUCAAAUUGGCAUUCCACAAACCCUUGAAGCUCCCAACCCAAAUCAGAAUUUGAAUGCAGCUGAAGGCUCAACUGGUAACCUUCAGGAUACAUCAGUCACAGGCUCAGAAGGAUGUUAA